UGUGCAAUAAUGAGUUUCGUUGUAUUCAGCUCUUAGAGAGUUUCGUUGUAUUCAGCUUUAGAGUAUCUCAGUAUGCAACGACUCAUUUAGUAUAUUUUUACAUUAAAAAAUACAUAAGCUUUAUUUUGUUUGAGCCAGGAGUCAUAUAUCCGCAGGUUGAUCUAAGUAAAGAAUAUUUGAUGAUAAACUAUUCAUAUAGAAUAUAAAAUUUUAUCACUUUACCAGUUCGAACAUAAAGGUAAAGCGAUGGAUUUUAUAGACAAACAGAACAGUAACUAGUAGUCGAUCAUUGUAGCUAUGAAGGUAAUAGUUAAAGUGCAGUGUCGGUGGUUGUUGCAGUUGAGAUGUGGAGUCCGGUGGAGUACGGCGGGAACGGUGCGGUGGCGCCGUGCUCCCGCGGCAAGCACUCGGCCACGCUGCUGGGCGGGCACGUGUACGUGCUGGGCGGGCGGGGCGCGGGCGGGGCGGUGCCGCUGCGGGACUUCUGGCGGUACUGCAUCGCGACGGGGGAGUGGGAGAGGCUGCAGUGUAAGGGCGACCCGCCGCCCGCGCUGCAGGAGCACAGCGCCACAGCGCACGGCGCGCGCCUGUACGUGUUCGGCGGCGAGCCGGGAGCGCUGUCCAACGAGACCCCUCUCUGGAUAUACGACACGGAGACUCAACUCUGGCGAAAGCUGCCCGGACAGAAUAGAGCAGGCGGCUACUCGGCGACGUUGAGGCGGCGCGCGGCCAAGGAGCAGCGCGCUGCGGGUGGACCGAAGGGGCGGCGCGGACAUUCAGCUCACGCGCUCAAGGACUGCCUCCUAGUGUAUGGCGGCUAUAUGGACUUGAGGGGAUCUACUAAUGAACUGUGGGCAUUUCACUACGGUUAGUAGUUGCUCACAUAUACUACUAUUAUAAAGAGGAUUGAUUUGAUUGUUUGUGUAUUUGCAUUAAACAGGCUCAAAAUUCUUAGCCCUGAUUAAAGCUACUGUGUUUUACUGAAUGUCGAUAUCUGAUUUUGUUCGGCUAGAAUGAACAUUAGUCUGUGUCACACAGAGACGGAGACGUGGCACCAGGUGCGGACCGCCAACGCAGGCCCGGCGCGGCACCGGCACGCGGCCGCGCUGUACGACAACCGCCUGUACGUGCACGGCGGCCAGUGCGACCUGCGGGAGUGCGCCGACCUCUGGCACUACGACACCAGUCAGUAUACUAUGCCAUCUCCACAGUUAGCUCGUAGGCCUCGCCUAGGGAUAUCACCAAUGUCCCGCGUGUGGACGCAGGUGCGAGUCCCGGCGAAGCUGAGCCCGAGCGCGCGCAGCGGCCACGCGGGGCUGCGCGCCGGCGCACAUCUGUACGUCUUCGGCGGGGAGGCCGCCGGCCACGCCACCAACGAGCUGUGGCGGUUCCACUUCGGUAAUAUAUAUAUAUAUUUAUGUCGCGGCGGCAAUAUGAUAGGCGACGCAUCCUUUAAUCGGAACCGAUCGUUUUCAGCGACGGAAACGUGGGAGCGAAUAGUGCAGAGUUUGAAAUGGCCCUCGCCGCGGGUGGACGCGUGCGCGCUUCUCGUGCCGUCAGCGUGCGACCGGGGCGCGGCGCCGGCGCGGGCCGGGGCGGGGGAGGGGGAGGUGGAGGGCGCGGGGGAGGGCGAGGGGGAGGCGGGGCGGCGGUCGCCGGGCGGGCUCAUGCGGGAGAUAUCGCGGCUGUCGGGGCUGCGGCGGCGGCGCGGCGCGCGCUGCUCCUACAGCGUGCUGGCGCCCGACCGGGACUCCACCGAGAGCCUGCUGCGGCACGAGGCCGCCCUCGCCAAGUCCCGCUCCGCGUACGCCAUAGAGGACACGCAGGUGGAGCUGCCGCGGGACGGCGCGUCGGUGCCGGACUUCCAGGCGUCGCUGCCGACGGGCGCGCUCACGGCCGCGGAGGCCGAGGCCGCGCGCCGCGCCUGGCUGCCCCGCGGGCCCCACGACGCCCUGCUCACCCUCGCGCCCGGCGCCACCGCCGUCAGGUUCACUUGCGCGCGCGACUCGGAGCCGGAGGAAGGCGAGCUGUCGACGUCGGACUACGCGAGUGCGGAGCGCGUGGCGCUGGGGUUCAGCAACCCGCACUACGGCGGGCCCGACGUGCGCGCGCUGGCCGCCCUCACGCCCGACUCCGGCGUCGCGCAGGAGAUCCUGGCAACGAUAUAUUGGAACCGGGUACCCGAUCAGCCUCCUCCCAAUUACCCAUAUUCCCCUAUUUUGUAUCUGCGGUUUUGAUACUAGUAAUCUUCAUAAUCACAGCUCGUGUAUUAAUAUAAACUGAAAGACACGUUUCGUUAUUCGAUUGAUGCGUUUAAAGUUACCACGUCGUUUCCGAGAUAGUUUUACAAAAAUCACCGCCCUGUAGAAUAAUGGCGCGAAACUGAUUAAACGUCAAAGUCAUAGGGACAGUGACAGCUAGCUGACAGAUAAGGAUGAGCUACCGUGUUGAUUGCAGAUAGAGCUGCAGGAGAUGAAGAAGCCGUUGGGGGCGGGGGCGGGGGCGGGGGUGGGGGCGGGGGCGGCGCGGCGGCUGCACGCGCUGGUGGUGGGGGGGCGCGAGGCGGCGCACGCGGCGGCGCUGCACAAGCCGCUGUCCGUGUGGGCGUACCGGCUGCUGUGAGCCGCUCCCGCCCGCCAUGA